AUGUCGUUGGGAAAGAUGGGACGUAACUAUAUCGGCGAAGGACUAUACUCUUUCCUGGGACAAGACUCCAGACACGCUUGGAUGCUCUACAUCCUUUUCGAGAACAGGAUAAUCACUUCUGAACCGACCCAUAUCCAGGCCAUUCUGGCAACCUCUUUCGACUCGUUUGAGAAAGGAGAGGUGCCAAGAGAGUUUUUAGACUCUGUCCUUGGUGCAGGCGUGUUCAACGCAGACGGCGCCGCUUGGAAGUUCCAUAGGAGUAUGGCUAGGCCAUUUUUCAGCCGCGACCGCAUCAGCCACUUCGAUAUAUUCAACCGACACGUGGACGACGUGCUCGUGCAAGCAAAACACCGGUUAAGGGAGGGUCAUGCACUGGACUUUCAGGACAUGAUCUCACGCUUUACCCUUGAUUCGGCUACGGAGUUCCUCUUUGGUCACGAUGUCAGGUCGCUCUCCGCUGGACUUCCUUAUCCUCAAGUACCUGGGGUCCCCAUUCAGGCUCUAGCUCCGUAUCAUCCAGCGAAUGUCUUCACCCGCGCCUUCUCACAAGUGCAGAGCGAAGCCGCCGUGCGCGUUCGUUACGGUGCCCUCUGGCCGUUCUUCGAGCUGAGUGGCGACCGCACGAAGAAACAUAUGAAGAUCAUUGACACCUUCAUCGAACCCAUCAUAUCCGACGCGAUUGAGAAGGAUAGGACCGAUAAGCGUCGCGGUGUGGAUACAAGUCUGGGGGGAAAUGGCAACAGUGCCGAUACAUUGCUCGGCCAUCUCGUCAAGGUCACUGAUGAUCGUAAGCUUAUCAAAGAUGAGAUACUCAAUAUCGCUAUCGCUGGUCGUGACACGACCGCCUGCCUUUUGACAUUUUUCGCCUACAUGCUGUCGCAGAAUCCGCAUGUCAUGGAUCGGUUGUACGAAGAAAUACAGACUGUGCUUGCAGACGGUAGACGCCCGACCUUUGAAGACAUCAAGAAUUUGCGCUAUAUGCGCGCGGUUCUCAACGAGACCCUGCGCCUCUAUCCACCCGUACCGUUCAACAUGCGAGUUGCUACGCGUGAUGUGGUGUGGCAGCCGACCAACACGGGAGAGUACCCUCUCUUUGUAGCCAAGGGCACCGCCUGCGUGUUGGCGCCGUUCGUGAUGCAUCGCCGAGAGGACCUAUGGGGGCCUGAUGCCCUCGUUUUCGAUCCGGACCGCUUCCUCGACGAGCGUCUCCAUCGGUAUCUCGUGCCCAAUCCUUUCAUAUUCUCUGCAUUCUCUGCCGGCCCUCGUAUCUGCCUUGGACAACAGUUUGCGUACAACGAGGCGUCUUUCACACUCGUGCGCCUGAUUCAAGAAUUCUCGAGGAUAGAUCUCGCUCCGGAUGCUUUCCCUCCCGAGGCAAGACCGCCGCCCGAGUGGGCUGCCGGUCCUGGUCGCAAGGCGAUUGAGAAGAUCAACAUCAAGUCGCACUUCACGCUGCAUGCGGCGGGCGGGCUUUGGGUUCGCAUGAAGGAAAGAAGGCGGGGCGUGGAGUAG